AUGCCAUCUUUGAGGUCUCGCAGCGACAGCCAUGCCGGGCAGGCUCCCGGGGUUGAAGCUGCUAGAACUCGACAACUGCGACACCCAGAUGUGGCAACUCCCAUCACACAACAAGCUUGUCAACCCUCAAUCAGCAACUCAAUAUCUGCUAGCGACCCAGAAGAACCGCUCACAGUAUUCGCCCAACAUGAUACCUCGAAACUUGCGAGUGGCUCAAUACCCCCAGCAGCCAACAUCGCUCCCGCCGAAAUUCUACUUCAAAUCUACUCCAUGUUAACCCCGCGGGACUUCGACAAUGCACGACGAACAUGCUCACAAUGGAUGCGAGUCAGUCUGAAUCGCAAGCUGUUGGAGGGAAUGCUGAGACGCGCUGGAUGGUGGGAUGCCUAUAAGCAAGAUGCCGAAAAGCAACGGGUUCAUCGCCGCCCAUCCAGCGAAGAAAGUGAUGUUUGGAGAAUGAGCAAGCGCUUUGCAACCGAAUGUCUACUAUCAGGGCGAAAAGCGAAUGUCGAAAAAUCGGGCUUCUUGAAAUCGGAAAUCAUCGACUUUUCAGGACUAUCUAAAGGAAUGACCUCGAAGGCUCGAAGAUAUUCAUCUAAUGGAUCAUCGAAAGCUGCUCGAAAUGGAAGUUCGCCUGUCUCUUCGACUUUCAGCAUGAGCAGUUGCAGUAAUUAUAUCCUGGCGACUACUGGCUGCAUGAUCUAUGUGUUUCGAUUACUUGGUAGGAGAGCGAAGUCAGUUCUCUCUGUGGAUUUGGCAGAUGUGGACCUCGAACCCAUUUCCAGUAUCGAAUGCCCGUUCGAGGUUCUGUCUGCAACAUUUGACACGACUACGCCGGGUUUCGUGGUCGCUGCAUUGCUGCAGAAUCGAGUUGGUAUGGUCUGCGACGUGGAAAUACCCGAUCGUGCUUCGCGUGCUGCUGGUUCAGCAAGAACAAAUCCCUCCUCUCCGCAUUUCUAUUACAAUGUCUGCUCGGAAGAUCACCCCCCACGAACAAUUGCCCUCUGCCCCGGCCACCGAUGCGUAGCAUUUGGAUGCGCGGGAGGUAUCGAGAUCCACUGGGUCGAUGAAACAACCCGCAAAGACCAACGGAGACACUUUCCCAUGUCCCAGCCCUCCGAAAUCCUCCAUUUCCUACCUAGCAACCAGGAAAAUCCCACAGAACUGCGACUCAUCUCAUCUCUCGCUGGUCCGGGAGUCCAUGAGUGCGCAUGCCGACAAUCCCCUUACCCUGAUCACCCGAAGAAAUGCCCAUUCCACCUCCUCUCCGACGUACAAUCUUUCAGUCGUCGCACUCCACCCAACGCCGCUUCCCUUAGUCUUGUCCGGGCUACUCACUGCCAUCAUUACCGCGCCGUCCCCAUCAACGACGGCUUCCACAUUAUAUUCGUGGAACCACGCACCGGCCUUCUCUGCAUUGGAUCCGACGCACCAAUCGGUGGUCCAACAAGUCUAACCCGAGCCUUCGUAUGUGUCCCACCCUUCGGCAAAGACCCAACAGAAAGCAUCAAAGAAGCCCGCGUCCCGACCGUUUUCACCGUCGGCUCAGACCUAAGCUGGGGUCUCCGCGUCGUGGCCGCAUAUCAAGACCGCAUCGUCCUAUACUCCAUACCUCUCGACGUCUUCAACGUGAUUCGCAAAGAACGCGAACGCCAAGGUGAAGGCGUUAUGGGUGAUAGCGAUCUCGCCCGAGACUGGUUCGUCGACUCAGAGCGGUUCCGCAAACGUCGCGAGAGUGUGGUCCAGAAUCAGAAUGGUGAUUGGGAGUUCUUGUUAAGUGUCAGUUACCGACCCACUGCGAUGAUGUGGCCGUUUAAAAUCUACGGCAAGGAGAUCGGUCGUGUGGAUAAUGUGGUGGAACUCGCGCUGCAGUCUUCGAAUGGUGGUGCGCGCAUUUGGGCUUUCUCUGCAUCGGGUGAAGCCCACGUCUUUGAUAUCGAUACCCUCACAUCGACUACAAAGACUACCACCGAGACACCGUGCAAAAUCGUAACCGUUGGCUCGGACGGUAGUUUGGAGUCUUCCCGGCUCGUUGAUCGCGCCGAGUUACGGACUUCGCCCCUUCAAGGCUCUCGCAAACGCAAGUUCACCGAACUACGUGAUGAAUUCGUCGGUCGAUAUGGCACGAGUCGCUUUGUUCCGAACAUGACACUAGAUGGCCUCGAGCCUACCAGUGUCGUGGCGGCGGCACUGGCCCCAAAUGAAGAUUCGUCGAUUCGGCGCCCAUCUUUUGCAGCGUGUAUUGUCGAUUUCAAGAUUCCGGAGUUGGGGCCUCGAGAGGGUCGUUGGGGAGAUGCUGGGGUAGAGAGGUAA